AUGGCCCACGGAAUGCAGACGUUUGCCGCUCGCUUGGCGAGCUUCGAUCUCGCGCUUUGGCCGGCCAAGCACAGAGCGUCGAGCGCCAAAGGCGUGAAGCCGAUAACAUGGCCACAUAAAAGGCCGUCUCCGGCGGAGUUGGCGCACGCCGGUUUUUAUUACAAGCCCUAUGAAACCAACCCGGAUAACACGAUGUGUUUUCUUUGCGAAAGAGCUCUGGAUGGAUGGGAAGAGGACGACAACCCGAUCGCGGAACACCUCAAGCACUCUCGCGACUGUGGAUGGGCAAUCAUGAUGAACAUCCAGCAACACAGUUCCAACCCCGCCGAGAUCGAGGACCCGACAAGCCCGGCAAUUGUGGAGGCAAGGAGAGCGACCUUUGGCUCGUCCUGGCCUCAUGACGGGAAGCCAGGCUGGCUCUGUCAGUCAGACAAGAUGGUGGCAGCCGGGUGGUAUUUCUGUCCCACCGAAGAAAGUGCAGAUUUGGCCAGUUGCGCAUACUGUAAGCUGUCGCUUGAUGGCUGGGAGCCCCAAGAUGAUCCUUUUGAUGAGCAUUAUCGUCGGUCGUCGGAUUGUUCCUUCUUCGUUUUCGCACUGCCGCAGGGGAAGAACGCGAAGAAGUCUUCUCGCUCGAAGAAGCCUCGUACUUCAAAGGCAUCCCGCCUAUCCACCCAGUCAACCAUCACAGUGGCUUCUGAAGCUCCCUCAGUAGCUGAUGAUGCCAUGGAUCAAAGCAUACUCUCUCAGUCGACAGUGAAGACCACGAAGAGUACCAAGAAAGCAACCAAGUCGAAGACUAAGAGAACAAAGAAGGACGAUCCUGCGGAGGUCGGUAGUCAGAUGGACGUGGACAGUAUCGAUGAGAAACAACCGGAGAUCUCAAAACCGAAACGGGCGACAAGAGGCAAGAAAAGAGCUAGUGAAGAAAUCAGCCAAGAUCUGCAGAACGGGGAGGAUGAGGAAACCUUCCAUGCUCCAGAGCCGCCGGCAAAGAGAAGGGCUACCCAAGUUCGAAACAGCAUGUCAGAACAACCUACAGAUGGUUCAACUGAACAAAGCGUCUCAGAACAGAAUGUCGCUGAGGAAGCGACUUCGCCAGUGGUGCCCAAGAAAGGUCGCAAGAAUUCUAAGAAGAGUACAUCGUCCAGGAACCGAAAAACUUCGGCCGCUUCGACCGCGACCAAAGCCUCUCUGAGAAGUCGCGUCCCCGACGACUCAGAACUCGAAGCGGCGAUUGAAGCAGAUUUUGACCGUGAUGUAUAUGAUGAUAAGGGUGAUUCUGCGCAUCUCAAGGAUGAGCCAGCGGAUCAACACACUUCGAAACCUGCCAGGCAGUCUACUGCAGCUUCAGUCGCACCCAUACGGGCGUCACAACAGGUUAAUGAAGGCGCCCAUUUGGAGCAAUUAGAUGGACAUUAUGGUGAAGAACCUGGUUCAGACGCUGUGGAAGUCCCUGCUACGAAGGCCAAGACGCAGAAGCCUGGGAAGCGGAAAACGACAACUAAGAAGUCGAAGAAAGAGGCUAUAUCCAGCCAAGAUAUACCUGAGGCUCCAAUACCUACGAGCUCUGAUGCCGUCGAGGAAAAACCCGAGAGCUUCGAAAACUUCCAGCCACAUGAUUCACUGGUGUCAGUAGAGAUUCAGGUCAGACACCCAGACGCAGAAUCUGACUUGGGGACGGAAAACAAACCAGCCCCGAGGAAGGCCAGCAAAAAGCCUGCCAAAGGCAAGAAGACGGCAAACACGAGCAAGGCGGACAUGGAGUCUAUGGCAUCUGAAAACCAAGAAGAACCUACUGCCCGUGAAGAGACCAAGUCGCGCACCAGCGUGACUAAACGCGAGUCCAUAGAGGUUGAUGGACACGGUGAUGAAGUCAGGAGCCAGAACGAGCGAGACCAGCAAGAGGCGCGCCAGUCGCAAGUGCGCAGAUCGUCAAAAGUCCCCCCGAAGACUACUGAGAGAUACAGCGAUAUUCCUCAAGAGCAACAUCGUACUCAGAGUCUUUUGGGAUCCCUGGCCCGUCAGAGCGAUGCUCAGAAGAAGCAGGCUGAGACAGCGACACGUGCCUCGUCUGGAGAUAAGUCGCAGUCAGGCCCAGUUCAGGAGAGUACACCAUCUCCGUCGCCACAGUCCUCGGACGCUGAGAACCGGCCGCCCUCCACGAGGCCCUCCGCAUUGAGACCUCCCGUACUAUCACCGUCAAAGACACAGACGAUCCGUGUUCCCAUUGCAACGAGUACGCCAUUAUCACAGUCCAAGCGACAUGCAAAUACAGGAUACUUGACCUCAUCCUAUCCAUGGACUCCAGUGGACAUUGAGGAGAUCAUUUUUGGUGCAACGGACGACAAAGAAAACAGAGAUCUCCUCAGCAUAAAAGAGACUCUGACGAGCCCAGAGAAAAAGAUGACUGUCGAGGAGUGGAUCUUAUGGAACGCGAAGAAUGGAGAGGAGAAGCUUAAACGAGAAUGUGAAAGGCUAGUGAGCUUGUUUGAAAGGGAAGGGGGCGAGCGAUGA